UUGACUUGCUUGGGAAGCAAAACUCUCCUCCUAGACAGCACAGAGAGAGGGAGAGAGAGAGAGUGAGUAGUGAGAUUCCAGGGUCCCUAUUUUUUGUCUUCUCUUGCACCAGGGUUCUAUUCCUACAGCAAUAUUUAUUAUUUGGCCGCUUGUGAGUGACUUGAAGGGACUAGGGAGUGAUUCAAACCCACCUCUCUCUCUCUCUCUCUCUCUCUCUCUUCAUCUCACUCUCAUAAAGAUCAUCAUCAUCUUUUGGGACUGUUAGAAAGAUGAAGAAAAGAACGUGCUAUUUCCUAAUGGCUAUUCUGCAGAUAAUGACCUGUGUUUCUGUAACAAGCAGGCCCUUGGAAUCACAUGACGCUGCUCCUACACAAGGCCAAAUUCCACAUUUCCCUCAAGCUGCCUGUGAUUCAAAACAGGGGCUUGGAUGCAUUGAAGGAGAACCUAAUGAGAAAGAAGACACAUACAGGUGGCUCAGUAGGCUGGGGUCGAGACCACCAAGUUGUCGGCAGAAAUGUGAAGGCUGCAUUCCUUGUUAUCCCACUCAAACACCCACAACCACUGAUCAUAUAGGAGUUCAAUAUGCCAAUUAUGAGCCUGUUGGGUGGAAAUGCAAGUGUGGCACUUCUUUCUUUAAUCCUUGAACAAAUAAAUGGUUUUAGUUCAGUGGCGCACGUGCAGAAAAGGCUGGGCUUCUUUUUUAUUUUUUUUUGUCGAGAAAUUGAAGCUGAGGAAUUGUAGUUUAGACUUUAGAGGGUUAAAGCUUUUUAGCUAGAGUUCUCAACGUAUGCAAUUUAAAAUGCUUUUAAAUCUAUCUAAAUUAUCUGUAAUUGUGGCGAUGUAUGAGAUAAAUAUUAGAUGAA